CGAUGGGAGCCGGAGGACAAAGACGAGGAAUACACUACUGGUGGGUAGCCUUCCGAUUUUCUGUGUUGCUGAGCUGUAUGGAGCGGGGUUCAGCUCAGAUAAAAUAUUCAGUCCCAGAGGAAGUAAAAAUAGGAUCUGUUGUUGGAAAUGUCGCCAAGGAUCUAGGAUUGGACAUCAGCUCAUUGGAGGACAGACGGUUUCGUAUUGUCUCUGGAACUGAAGAUGCACUGUUUGAUGUCAAUCGGAACAAUGGCGUGUUAUAUGUGCACAAAAAUAUCGACCGAGAGGAGCUCUGUGAAAGCACUUCGCCGUGUUUAAUAAAUUUGAAAAUGGUAGCUGAGAACCCCAUGGAAAUACAUUAUGUGGUGGUGGAACUCAUUGAUGUAAACGAUAACUCACCCAGUUUUCAGGAGGAAGAAAAAAUAUUAGAAAUACCUGAGUCCAUACUGCCAGGUAAACGCUUCCAGUUACCAACUGCCCGUGAUCCAGAUGUUAGCAUCAAUACAGUACGCCUGUAUAAAUUAAGUCAAAACGAAUAUUUUAGUAUACAAAUUCGAGAGAGAGGAGACGAUAAGGUACCAUUCUUAGUUAUGCAAAAAUCUCUAGAUCGGGAAAAGCACCAUGAGCACAGACUCAUAUUGACAGCUGUUGACGGUGGAAAUCCACCGAGAUCAGGGACUCUUAAUGUCACUGUCAUAGUCCUCGAUUCAAAUGAUAACCACCCUAUUUUUAGUCAAGAAGUGUAUUCAGUAACUAUACCUGAAAAUGUGGACGCGGAAACAAGUGUAAUUACGGUGAAGGCAACUGAUCUGGAUGAGGGUGUAAAUGGAGAUAUUGGGUAUUUUUUCGGUGAGGAAAUUGACCCUAAAGUAUAUGACAUGUUUGUCUUAGAUAAAGAUACUGGCGAAAUUCGAGUAAAAGGCGAAAUUGACUUCGAAAAGGUUGACGUUUACAAGUUAGAUAUCCAUGCCACUGACAAAGGACAACCUCCGAUGAGUACUGAUUGUACUGUAAUCAUCAAAGUGCUAGACGAAAACGACAACAAACCUGAAAUAGAGGUGACAUCUCUGUCAAAGAUGGUAUCUGAAGACUCAAAACCUGGAACUGUAAUUUCUCUUAUUAGUAUUAAAGACAAAGACGCUGGUUUAAACGGAAAAGUAACAUGUAGUCUUUCAGAUAAUGCGCCAUUCGAAUUAAAACCGUCAUUUCAAGAGAAUAUGUACUCGUUAAUUCUGAAAAAUCGUUUGGAUAGAGAAUCAAUUUCGCAUUAUGACAUCGAAAUAACAGCUACAGACUGUGGCCAGCCUCCCCUAUCUACAUUAAAAACUCUGACUAUUGAUGUAUCAGACGUGAAUGAUAACAACCCAGAAUUUUUGCAUAAUCCCAUUGAAUUUUACCUGAGAGAAAAUAACGUGCCAGGAAAAACAAUAUUUUCCAUUACUGCCACGGAUAGAGACUUGAAUGAAAAUGGGGCUUUAACUUAUAAUAUCGUUAGAGAUGAAGGUAGUCAAGUUAAAACUGCAGCAUUUUUAAACAUCAAUUCAGAAAAUGGACAAAUAUCCGCUCUAAAAGGUUUCGACUUUGAAACACUGAAAACUUUCCAGUUCCACGUUGUUGCGUCAGACUCUGGAACUCCGUCACUAAGCAGCAAUGUCACAGUGAAUGUGUUCAUUCUGGAUCAGAACGACAACGCUCCAGUCAUCCUGUAUCCACUCAGCUCUAAUGGUUCUGCCGAAGGUGUGGAGGAAAUUCCCCGCAAUGUGAACGCAGGACACUUGGUGACUAAAGUCAGAGCCUAUGACGCUGAUAUAGGAUAUAACGGCUGGUUACUGUUUUCACUGCAGGAAGUUACUGACCACAGUCUCUUCGGUUUGGACCGCUAUACAGGACAGAUCAGAACACUUCGCUCAAUCACAGAGACAGACGAGGCUGAACAUAAACUGGUCAUACUGGUCAAAGACAAUGGCAACGUUUCACUCUCAGCAACAGCUACUGUGAUUGUCAAACUUGUGGAGCCCAAAGAGGCUUUUGCAGCUUCUGAUGUGAAAAGUUCAGCAAAAGCAGAUGAGGAUAAUAAUGUGACUUUUUACCUGAUGAUAACUUUGGGCUCAGUUUCAGCACUUUUUCUCAUCAGUAUCAUCGUGCUGAUUGCAAUGCAGUGCUCAAAAUCCACAGACUAUACUUCUAAAUAUCUACAAGAGGCUAAUUAUGAUGGGACACUGUGUCACAGCAUCCAGUACAGAUCUGGAGACAAACGCUACAUGUUAGUUGGACCCAGAAUGAGUAUAGGAUCUACUAUAGUCCCGGGAAGCCAUGCGAAUACACUAGUGCUCCCUGACAGGAGGAGAACAUCUGAAGAGGAGGUUUUGUUCUAG